CUUUUAAAGUUGCCAAAUUAAGACCGAUAUAUUUUGCUGCACUGAAACGACCUCCAAUGGCAGUCAGUUCGGUGAUGCACAUGUCUUCGAGCUGAAUAACUUUCACUCCAGGGCAGAUAGGGGGGACUCACAGGCAAAAUGUCUCGCCACAGAAAUGUUCGAGGUUACAACUACGAUGAAGACUUUGAAGAUGACGACAUGUAUGGACAGUCUGUGGAGGAUGACUACUGCAUUUCACCAGCAACAGCCAAUCAGUUCAUCUAUUCACGCCGAGAGCGUCAAGCACCUAAAGAGGAGCCUCUAGAGGAGGAAGAAUAUGAAGAUGAGGAUGUUCCCAUGUCCCCUUGUGUUGACUUCAACCUUGACCCUCUUAAUCAAGCGAAGCUGUUCUCCUGUCUGGACCACAUGCGAGCAGUACUGGGAGAUGCAGUGCCAGACUCCGUCCUGACCCAGGCUGCCAUGAAACACGGAUUUGAUCCACAGAGGGCUCUGGACGCAGUGCUGUCUGAAGACAGUGAAAGAGCACCGGUUACCAGAAGUGCAGCUGAAGACAUGGCGCCGGUGGGCCGAGUUGCACAAGAGCAGACGCCUCUUCCACAGAGAACCAAGCAGGAGGCCGUCGCUGAGAAAGGAGCCUGCUUGUUUCACACAGACAACACACCCAGGGCACACAAAGCUACACAACCAAGUGAAGUCAAUAUGCAGAACGACUUGUUGCAACAUAAACCCGACCCGGCGAACAGCAGCUCUGUCAAGGAAAACAUUCACCCUGAAAGUGCACGUUUAGGCAUCAGCUGUGGUACCAGUUUGGCUCAGCUCAUGUCUGAGCAUGAGCAGAAGAGUAAAACAGGAGUAAGUGAUACAGGGCGAGGGUUGGCAGUUUCCUCCUUGAGCAUUUUACCUUUAGCAUCUAAUUGCCAAAUGACAACUCCGUCUAGCGGGAGUGGCUUUUCACUUGGAAUGCUGGCAUCUUUACAAACGACUUCAACGCCACAAACACCGACUCCCUCCAUCCUUUCUUUCUCGCUCGGUAAUCUGUCGCUAAACAGUCCAAACGUGCCUACAGCAAGCUCCGCUCUGGCUCCUCCUCCUGGGUUCGGAAGCCUCAGUUCUGUCAGGAAUUACAGUCCGCGCUCAGUUGUAGAUCCUAAAGGAGGCCCAUCUUUGGCCGAUUUAAUCCAAGAACACUCGAACCGCAGUCCAACUUUGCAAAGCUCACUGCUCACCCCUGCUAACCAGUGGAAUGCUUCACCUUCCUUGUCUGACCUAGCUUUUCAGCAUCAAAAAAGAGGGAUUCACUCUGAAUCUCAAGGCACUGAAAGAUCAUUAAACACGCACUCUUCCCCGUUUCGUCUGGGUGGUACUGUCACACUGUCAGAUCUAGCCCAGCAGCAUGAAACCAACUGUGCCUCUGCCUCUUUUCUGGCCGCCGGCACUGAAUCUCGAGCAAGUGCACUGAAACAAGCACCUGGCCUCUCGGAGCUGCUUUCUUUGUCACAUUUAGUAUCUGAACAUAAAGGCGAAACCUCAACCACCUCAAAUGGGUCGCUAGGCACCCUCAGCUCCCUUGUGUCAAGAGGAAAACCAGAGAGGGCUGAUGCGUUGGCACAAAGUACUAACAAGGGUGGAACUGAGCGCAAGCCUGACCACAAACCACCCCAGCAGGUCUGCAGCCCAUCUAAGCCAGGUCAAGUUAUCGAUUUGAGCAGACUCAUGGAGCAGGCCAACAGAAUGAGCCCUCAUCACCUCGACAGCGACUUCUCCUCACCGUCGUCUCCGACUCCAACUCCAACUUUUGGCUUGGGGCAAGAUCUGUCUGUUUUUGCAAAACCUUCAGUAUUUGCGAUCGCUUUGUCGUUUCAGAGUUACAGGCCAAGGAGGAGGAGGAGAAAGCUAAUGAAAGGAAAAAUACAAGGCCAGAAGACAAAAAGUGCUUAUCAGUCCUUCCUUUUCAAACCACAAAACAAAUCCAAAGAGCAUUGCCCCCCACUUUUUCCUAUUGUACCUUUCCGUUUUGAUUCUCCUUCACCUGACGAUAUCGUUCGAGCUAAUCAAAGCAAAGCUUUCACACGGUAGACUCAUGGAAGGACUUGAGUCAGUGCUAAAUUAGCCUAUUUUUAAUGGUGAACAUUACUUUGUUUUUUUUUUGUUUGUUUUUUUUUUGGUAAAAAGUACCAAAAAGACGAAGUUUACCACUCAUGAACUUUUUUUUUAAAUGUUGCAUAAGCAUAGCAGCUAGAGUUUCACCUUUGGGACCAAAAGGAUGAAAAACUUAAUUUGAACAGACAAAACUGUUAAAAUUGUACUAUGCAAAUUUUUUUAUAGUAUUAUAUUAACAUACAGAACAGAAAUGCUAACUAAAUUUGAAAAUGGUGGCAGCUUUUUGUUCAUGAAGUUUGUGUAGCCACAUCUUUUAAAAGACCUUUAGUCGUUUUCAGUACUUUCCUAUGGCAGCCUUUGUUCUUCAGUGUUUUAAAAGCUGAAUCUUACUUUUAUACUUUUUUGGUGACAUAUGGCUUUUUAAUUUUUGUAGGACUGCAAAAAGUUAGAUCCUUGCAAGUGAAAACUAAAGCUUUUCUCUUCUGGUACAACCCCUUUUUCUAGCCUGCGUAAACUCUGAAAAGGGGAAAGAAGGGGCAGGCUUUGUUUGCAGGUGUGCUGCAGCGAUUGGAAUAUGGAUCAGUUAACCAUUGUGCUGGUUUACUGCUGCCUGCGUUCGAGAUCAUGAGGUUGACUUUUUGGUUUAGGGGACACCUGGAGAUUUUCCCAUGAGCAAACAAGAACGCAGACACUCAAGCACACGUGCAUACAGAUAUCGAAACAGACAAGCGAAUGCUUUUAAGUGUUUUGUUUGAAAGACGGAUUUCAUUUGGAAUGUAGACACUGUCAAGCAAAACUGAUGCUUUUUAAAGACAAUUACUGUGAUGUGCACUGGGUGUUCUCUCAUUUACCGCUGGAUUAACUAUGCCAAUUUUGAAAUAAAGAUUAAGAAUUGUAUGUUGCCUAAACAUGCCUACCUAGACAUGUCUUGCAGUUUUGUUCAUGCCUAACACACAUCUUUCUGUAUUUGCAGUUUGGAGUAUGCCAAAAUAUAUAUUUAUCUACAUAACCAAAAAAAGCUAUUUUUAAUGGAAAUAAACAAAAUGGUGUAUAGAAACACGUCGUACCUCUCAGUUGAAACGAGACACAAGACUACUAAAAUAAACAUGAUGCACUAACAUGAGGGUUUGCAGAAGUUUUACUACCACUUUCUCUCUUCAGAAAUGCAUAUUGUCGCAAAUACAAACUUCAGUGUAUUCUGUUGGAAUUUUAUUUGACAAAUCAACUCAAAGUGGUAGAUAUUGUUAAGCGCAAGUGUUUUUUUUUUGUUUUUUUUUUUUUUUAAAGACAAAGGCUGCAAAGUGUGGCAUGCAUUUGUACUCAACCCUCCAGAUUUUCUAUGACUUGCCAUACAUUUGUAAUUGGAUUUAGGUCUAGACUUUGGGCUUUUGCAACACCUGAAUGUGCUUUGAUCUAAACUAUUAUAAUGUAGCUCUGGUUGUUUUUUUUGUUUUGUUUUUUUUUUUUAAAAAUCAGGAUUCUCUACCUGAAGGCUGAAUCUCUCUCGUCUCAACUCUAGCAGGUUUUCUACCAGGAUUGGCCUGUAUUUAACUUCAUCCAUCCUCCCAUCAACUCUGACUACUUUCCUGUCUCUGUUGAAUGAAAGCAUUCAUGCAGCAUAAUGGUACUGCCAUGUAGCACUGCAGGGUUGGUGUGUUUAGAAUGAUGUGAAGUAUACUAUACAUGACAUUUAGAGACAAAAAAGUUUUUAUUUUUUAUUUUUGUUUCGACUCAAGAGAUCACCUUUUGCCAAACACGAUGGCAUAUUCUUCCAUAAUAGCUCAGAUUUCUGGAGAACAUGACUAACCGUUGUGGUUUCAACUGAUUCUCCAACCUAAGCAGUAUUUCUCCAAAGCUCCUUUGUAGUUAUGAUCGGCCUCUUAGCUUCUUCUCCAGUAAACACAUUCUUUGCCUUUCCGGUCAGUUUUGGUGGACAGUCAUGACUUUGUAGGUUUUCUGUUCUGCCAUACUUUUUCUUUUUCAGAUUGUGAAUCUAACACCGUUUCAACUUUAUCCACUUUAUUCCCAUCUCCCUUAUUCUUUGGUCUGCUAUGAAGAUGGAGGCUGAUGUCAAACUUUUCUUACACCAAGAAAACUGUAUUUGGAUAAAGAAGAUCAGGUGUACUUUAACGUAUGUCAUUUUUAAUUUUUUUAGAAUGAGAAGUAAUCUGAGUGUAAUCAACCCUCAACAUGUCAGACUGAGACUAGUGAGGCUAAGGGGGAAAAAAUAAACACAGAUGGGGGUAAAAAUGACUUGUCAAACAGGUUUUUUUUUUUUUUUCAUAGAACAGUGUAACCAUGGGAGGGGGUAGAGAGGUGGGGGGGAGGGUCAACAUUUGGAAAGAAGUCAUUUUGAUGGUAGAUAAAGUCUGUUUAGUGAGUAAUGGUGGGUCUGUUUUACCAUUUUUAUCGUCUGCAAUCUAGAAAUGAGCAAGUACCUCAUUAAUAAGUGGGUGUGUCCAGCAAGUGCUCUGUCCUUUCGUCUGAAGGCAAGUCGGUGUGUGGGUUUGUGCAGGAAGCUGCAGUCUUGGAGAAAAUGUCAGCCCGAGUGCAUGUCGACUCCGCACAGCAGCCGAUCAGCCUGCUUUAUGUGUGUGCGUGUCUCUUUUACACCACCUACGUAGGAAAAUCUGAUCAUGUCUCUCGACUUUCACAGCUUUGACAAAGGCUAUGGCAGAUCAAAUCAUUUAGCGUCUUUACAGGCUCUGCAUUUCUGCAAGGCGUAUCUGUUGCACAAACACUGUUUGUGAAGUGGUGCCAACACUGGAAAAUACCAUUUUUACUCUCAGCAAGUGGUCAAAGGAAUGCAGGUGCAUUUUUGCUUACAUGUCAUGAGUGCUGCUACUUUAUUGUGGUGCAUGAUGCAAAAGGACAAAUUGACUAAGAGGGAAACAUGGGCUUUGACUUGUAUGGAAAAAGAGAUGCUUGAAUACCAAUAGUCUUCGAAAAUCUUAUUUAUUGUCAGGAAAUAAUCUAGGGUUAAUGUGUAAGGAGUAAUUUUGUGCAGUAGGAGCUUCCACAGCCAUUUUUGACAGAAUAUUAGAUUUAUUUCUCUGUUCAAUUCAUGCUGCUGGUAGUUCUAGGUUGGAGGCUUUAGCAAGACACCUUUUAUGUUUGUGUGUGUUGCUGUUUUUAGAUCAAAAAAAUCUUGCGGAUGUGCAGGGGUAUUUAGCUUUCCAGCUCAAUUCAUAAUUUAUGCCACUGUCUAAAUCACAAAUGAAAUGCUAGUAUAUGAGAACUGUGAAAGGAGCAGUUUAAAUCAUCAUAGUGGAAAAUAAGCGUGGUGAUGCAAACUAUAUGGAAAAUAUGAGAUUGUGGUUAGAUUUGUCCAGCUACUUUAAUGCAGCUUAACCAACUCAGUUAUGCAAAAUUAAGACCUAACUACUUGUUUUAUUUUGUCUUGCUGUCCUUAGUUGGCAUUUUUGAAAGAAUAAAUUGUACUAGCGAUACAUUUCAGCAGUAACUGCAUCAUAUUAACUAAUCAACACUUUCAUGUUUACUCUUCUAGGCUUGCAUUUUUGUAAGAAAUAAAGCGAUGGAUUUUUACAGUUAUAAUGUACACAACAUUAAAGACUGCCUAAAGUGAAAUGAAGAAUACAAAGUAACAGUAACAAUUCAUUUGGUUAACUUCUUACAACUAUGCCAAAUUAAAUUGGCAGAUAUUUAAGCACGUGAGGAUUUAACUAACAAUCAGUAAUGUCAGGCCGACCUCUUAAACAACAGAGAUUUGUUGGCACUAAAUACUUUCUGUAACUUCUCAUUGUCAUACAGAGAGUACGCAAGAUAAAUGAAUUCAACAGCCUUAUUCUAAGUAAGUAAGUAUCUUGCCUAUUGAGGAGUUUUCUGAAAAGAAAUUAGACAGAAGGGUGCCAAUGCUGGGUCAGUGCUCACCUCGGAUCUAAGCAUUGGUGCCAAAGCAAUAGUUUCAAAGAAUCAUUAAAAGCAGAUUUUUUUUCUUCUCUGUUAAAAUAUUUUCGACCUGUUUAAAUCUCUGGAGCCAUGUUGUCUCCUCUUUGUCACAAAAUGUGGGAACAGUUAUAAGAAGGGUUGAACUCAGUUGGAAACAUCUGACUUUCCAGUGUAGAAUUCCACCUUCAGCUGGGGUCAUUUCCAAGUGUAGUGCGUCACUAGUUUCUCCUAUUGGUUGCUUAAUUUACGAUGAAAAGGCUGACUUUUUAUGAAUAAAAUGUUGGAUAAGCAAUGCAAUAGCAAAAGCGGCUGCACAUACUACAUUUAUCACUGUGCUGUGUUUUAACGUUGCCGUUUAGUUUUUACAAAUCGCGCUUGGAACACAGCGGAGAACUCUUGGGUGCCGUUUAUAAACUCAGACUCGACACCAGAAAUUCUGAUCGAAAUUAUAAAGAGAGUUUAUCAGUUCCUCCGGGUGUUUAAAAUCGAACUUCUAAAUUCAGUUUAUGAAUAAAACAGAUGUUAAGAGAGGAGUUUGGAAGGAUGAAAAUAUGGAAAGUGUCAUCUUUGUAAUUAAACCGUCCGUGAAUCAGAUUUUAUGGAAGAAGGAUUAAAUGUGUUGGUCAGUGUUGGUUCUCUAGCUCAGGAGAAAAUAAAUGGUUGUGUGUUUUUGCUUUUUAUUUUUAAUUUUUUUUAAUGUUGUUGGGAGUAUUGGGAUGUCGUUGCUAAAGAGUUUACCAAGGUGGGAAAAAAAAUUAGCUUUUCUUCUUUUGCAAAUCUUCGGAAAGAGAGAGGCCUCCACUUGUGGUAGCCUAAAAGUUGAAAGGUCAUAGCAGGAAGUGGCUGAUUAGAAUCCCGUUCAAAGCUAUUUGUGUUAUUUGUAAACAUGGAUAAAACUGUGCCUUGACAUUGUACACGUUGAGGUGGGGGACAUUGUACAUGAAAGCGCUGUUUUGGAGCAGCACUUUCAUUUAAGUUUUAUUUACACAUUUAAAAACAGUAGGUGUGAGUUUUAAAGAAGUUGUUAUGACUCAAAGAUGAGUGUGUGCCGAGUAGGUGGGAGACGGGGAUGUUAAGAUAACUCCUGACAUGUUCACAGAUGGCUAUGUCUUUUGGGUGACUCAUUUUGAAAAAGGGGUCACGCAGGCCCUCUCAAAGCUUUUUUUCCUCAGAUACCAGUCUCAUUUCCUUAGCAAUCAUUUUCAUUCAUGCCUUCAGUAUUUCAGUAUGAAUGAAAUUUAAUUCCCAGGCGAUGUCACAGAUUCUCUAAUAUCUUUGCUUCAAGAAGUACAUCGAUGUCAACAAAACAAGCAAGGAAUUAGAUUAAUUUCAUUACUGUACAACUGAAACCAGAUAUUUACAUGGACUUUAUAAAAAAAAGCACAUAACCUUUUUUGUUCCCCUCACUCUAUCAGUCGAGAUGAUCAAAAAUAUGUAAUUUUGCUAAAUGGCAAAGAUGAUUUAAGUACAUAUUUUAGAGUUUUAGAAAACUUUUAAUACAUUUCUUAAGGUGCCUAAGUUUACAUGCAUUCCUUGAGUAUUUGAUAGUAUUGUCUUAAUAUUUUUGGGGGCGCCUAUCUUAAGCUUCUCACAACAACUUGCUGGAAGUUUUACCCAUUCCUCCAGAAAGAACUUGCACAACUGAGUCCGGUUUGUAGACUGCCUUGCCGGCACAUGCCUUUUCAGCUCUGCCCACUUAAGGGACUGAGACCAGGGCUUUGUGAUUGCCACUCCCAAUCAUUGACUUUGUUGUCCUUAAUCCAUUUCAUUUACAAUGUGAUAGUGUGCUAAAUGUUCAUUUGGAAGACUAAUUUGCACCAAUGCUUCAACAACACCUGACUGGUAUGUUUGGAUGCUGCUUCAAUAUUUCAAAAAUGAUGUUCUUUCCUUAUGAUGCCAUUACUUUUUGGUGUUUCUCAUGGUUGCAAGUUUUCUCUUCUUCCUCCAAAUGGAAAAAAAAAAAAAAAAUCAUCGUUAUUGUAAAACUCUUAAAGCUUAGUUCCUAUCAGACAUCUUCCAUGAACUAAUCUGUCCUUUCAUGUUGCUUUUUGAGUUCUAGCUUCAUUAACUCUGAGCUGCCUUUCAGCCCAUGUCCAUAUAAGUCAUUUUACUCUGGACAAUGACCUUUACCAGGUUCAGCCUGUAUCUUGACAAGGUCUUUUGUUCUGUAAUUGAUGCCCACAUUUUGCAUUGAAACACAUUCAUCUCUGGGGAAUGGAACCAGUGUUUCUCUGAUCUGCAUACCGCCUGGACAUUCCUGUGGUGUUUAUACUUGUUUAUAAUUGUUUGAACAGAUCAAUGUGGCACCUUUAGGUAUCUGGCAAACUGUAUCAAAUAUGAAUUGAAGUUGUUGAGGUUUACAUUUCUGAUUUAUUUAUUUAAUUUUUUUUUUCUAUGAUGUCACACCAGGAUCUGGUAUUCUUGGGGUGUUGCCUGAAAACACAUCCAUACUUGUGCUUCUACAUCUCUUUAAUUAAGCUUAUAAAACCAUGAUGUAAUCAUCUGGGCUUUUCCAAACUGUGAUUAGGCAUAGGGAUCUUAGUGUGUGUAAAUUUCGGACUUUGAAAAAAAAAAAGCAAAUAAAAAUGAUCGAAAGUACAGACAUUGUGGAUAAUCAUAACUGCUGUGCAGCAAUAAAGUUUUAGUCCGAUUUGAAAGGUUAGAAAGUAAGACAAUAAACUUUUCUUAUGUAGUGAAUGUGAAUAUCUUGUUUCAACUGUGUUAUCUGUAACAAAUAGUUUACUUAUGUAGAGGUGGUGCAAACAUCAAGUUUUCAGUACACAUAUUGAUUUGGGUGUUUUCCCCCUUUCUGUCCCCACACAUUUCCCCCUUUUGAAAAGACUCAUAUUUUACCAGUUCUUGUCUUACAAAGUCUUUAGCGGCCUCCAGUGGUAAGCCCAGUCCAUCUUUUGAAUUCUCAUCUCUCCUAUCUUUCUAUUAAGACAAAAAUCCAGUUGAAAGAAAACUGAAGAGAUUUAAGAUGUUCAAAUGUUGCAUUUAAGAACACCAUAGAGUUGAUUUUAGUAUUACAUGCACAUAAACAUACAAUGUAGGAUAUUGUUAAUUUCUUGCUUUUAUAUCUUUCACCAUAUAUUAUAUCCCUCCUUCCACAUUUUGCAUCUGUAGCUUCGUGUCUACACAUUUUCUCACCAAUUUACUACUGCCUCUUGUAACUUUUAUAUGCACUCUAGUGUUUAUUUGAGGGGGGGAAGGGAUGCUCAGUGUUUGCAUAUCCUGGGCGGACUCCUUUUAUGCUGCUCAAAGUUUGGCCCUCAGGCCAAGUGUGCAGAUGACUCACUGCAAGGGUCCCCUUUUCUAAAGAAAUCCUGGAUGGGAGCAUGCCAAAUGUCUACUUCACAGUCCAAACAGUGAAAAGAGAUCCUGCUCCAAGCAUCAAAGGUUGGAUAUGUAUACGAGCGUUUUUUGUUUUGUUUUUGUUUUUUAAGCUACUGAGCCCUUAGGCAAGCUUCUG